UUAUGGUAUAAUUUUAAUUAUUUCAAUCGUAACGUUCGAUUGCUUAUGUUCACUUGGCUUUCGGUUAAACAGAGAUGUUUAGUAGUUUUUUACUGAACAUUAAUUAUAUUUUUGAACGAUACAUGUAGUAUACUCUAUAUAUUGUAUUCCUCGUCAAUUUCUAUUCAAUAGUCUUGUAAAUAAAUGAAUGAUUAUCAAUUUAAACAAAUUAAGAAAAUUAAUUGAAACAAAUUAGUUUUAAGUAUAAAUUCUCUCUAUAUCAAUUGCCAUUAUUGUAACAAUUGGUUAAAUAUCAUGAUAUAAAUUCUAAGUUAUUGAUAUAAAAUUCAAUAGGUUAACCGGCUAGACUUACCUAACAUAACCUCCAAUGAGGUUAUAAAUACAGAACUGUUGUCUCGUGUUGUAACGUAAUUCAGACUGACAAACAUUUUCAAAAAUGCCACGAUUACCUCUGCAUCCCUCAUCAGGGAUUGGUAUUUCGAAUAAGUUUGCUAAAACGAUACGAUUUGCUCGCUACGGAUGUGCCAAUAGACCUUUUUAUCAUAUUGUUGUUAUGACCACUAAAAUUGGGCAGCAUAAAGCUCCGAUAGAACAAUUAGGCAGCUAUGAUCCUCUGCCAAACAAAUAUAACGAAAAAUUAAUUUCUUUAAAUUUUGAGAGAAUAAAAUAUUGGCUAGGGCAACAGGCAUCAGUGUCAAAACCAGUGGCAAUAAUGUUAGGACUUUGUGGUUUCUUUCCAAUACACCCAAGAACUUAUAUGAAAGCAUGGAGAAAUCGAAGGAAAGCUGCUGCAGAAACUGAAACAAAUAAAAAUUUAGAGCCAGAAACAAAGACAGAAGCUGCAGGCUAACGUCUUUUAGUUAUUUUAUUUGUAUCAUAUAGUUAUUUAAUUUGUAAACAAUGUAUGCAUUUAAAUAAAACUGUUACAAAAUGAUAUGUUACACUGGUUUAAUGUUGUAUUAAUGAGAAUUUAAAGGGCAGAAAUUACAAUACAGUAAAAAUAAAAGAGACUAAAUUUUUUAUCUUGAUGUUUAAUACGAU